AUGCAAAUCACCUCCAUUCUAACUACAGUACUCACGGUUGCUACCUUUGCCGGUGCUCUUCCCAACCCGGCUUCGACUGUUUCCGAAGGUGGUGCUGCGAGAACUGAUACAGUGGCACCUUUUGCAUCGAACUCGAAGAAUUAUGGCAGUGCUCUAGCGACAUUCGAUGUCAUCUGGUGGUGGAUCGGUCUCGGUCUCCCUACCAUCGAGUACUCCGCUUAUGGGAAAUACGAACAAUGCUACAACCUCCCUGGCUUAUUCGCUCACUUAACUGGAUCCAUCAAGAUCAUCGCCCCCACCCCCGGCUGCUGGAUCUACCCAGCUGCCAAUUGCCAAGGGAACUUCACCGUCGUUGGGCCCAAAGGCGAUGCAAUCUGGGAUGGCGACAGCCAGAGCUUUAUCUGCGACAAACCAACCUGA